UCUCCUCGGUGACAUCACACUGGCUCCGCCCCACGCUGCCCACUCCCGAUACUUCUGCGGCUCGCCUGCGCCCCGGAAGCUGCCCCUGCUCGGGGGUCACGAUGGGCAGCAAGAUGGCUUCCGCCAGCAGGGUCGUGCAGGUAGUGAAGCCACAUGCUCCAUUAAUAAGGUUCCCUGACAGAAGAGAUAAUCCUAAACUUAGUGCCUCAGAAGCGUUGCGAUCUGCUGGGCUACCCUCCCACUCAUCCAUAACCUCACAGCAUUCUAAAGGAAGUAUAUCCCCAGAUUUGCUGAUGCAUCCAGGGCCACCAGACACUGCAGAAAUACUAAAAACAUUACCUCAGAAAUACAGAAGGAAACCUAUAUCUCAAGAAGAAAUGGAAUUUAUCCAGCGUGGAGGUCCAGAAUGAUCUGUGGCUGCUGUUUGUCGUCAGACGAAAGGGUUAUCUUUACAAUAAAGGACUUCCAAAAUGUCAAGUGAAAAUUGUAUAUUAAAGAACCUUAAUAAAUAUUCUGUGAAAAGAA